GCUAUGCCACAGAUGCUUAAACUCUCUCUCUUUCUCCUUUUCAGCAAACUUCCUUGAUAACAUGCUUUUGCGAAGUUCAGGAAAAUUAAAUGGGGGCACCAAGAAAGAGGAUGGUGAGAGUACAGCUCCCACCCCUCGUCCAAAGAUCUUGCGUUGUAAGUGCCACCACCAUUGUCCAGAAGACUCAGUCAACAAUAUUUGCAGCACAGACGGAUACUGUUUCACAAUGAUAGAAGAAGAUGAUUCUGGGAUGCCUGUGGUCACUUCUGGAUGUCUAGGACUAGAAGGCUCAGAUUUUCAGUGUCGGGACACUCCCAUUCCUCAUCAGAGAAGAUCAAUUGAAUGCUGCACAGAACGGAACGAAUGUAAUAAAGAUUUGCACCCUACACUCCCUCCACUGAAAAACAGAGACUUUGUUGAUGGACCUGUACACCACAAGGCCUUACUGAUUUCUGUGACUGUGUGUAGUUUGCUCUUGGUCUUUAUCAUUGUGUUCUGUUACUUCAGGUAUAAAAGACAAGAAACCAGACCCCGGUACAGCAUUGGGCUAGAACAGGACGAGACAUACAUUCCUCCUGGAGAAUCCUUGAGAGACUUAAUUGAACAGUCGCAAAGCUCAGGAAGCGGAUCAGGGCUCCCUCUGCUGGUCCAAAGGACUAUAGCUAAGCAGAUUCAGAUGGUAAAACAGAUUGGAAAAGGUCGCUAUGGGGAAGUUUGGAUGGGGAAGUGGCGUGGCGAAAAGGUAGCUGUGAAAGUGUUCUUCACCACAGAGGAAGCCAGCUGGUUCAGAGAGACAGAAAUAUAUCAGACAGUGUUGAUGAGGCAUGAAAAUAUUUUGGGGUUCAUUGCUGCAGAUAUCAAAGGGACAGGGUCUUGGACGCAACUGUACCUAAUCACAGAUUAUCAUGAAAAUGGGUCUCUCUAUGAUUAUCUGAAGUCCACCACCCUAGAUACUAAAUCAAUGCUGAAAUUAGCCUAUUCUUCUGUAAGUGGCUUAUGUCACUUACAUACGGAAAUCUUUAGUACUCAAGGCAAACCAGCUAUUGCCCAUCGAGAUCUGAAAAGUAAGAACAUCCUGGUGAAGAAAAAUGGAACUUGCUGUAUAGCUGACCUCGGCCUGGCUGUUAAAUUUAUUAGUGAUACAAAUGAGGUUGACAUACCACCCAACACUAGAGUUGGCACCAAACGCUAUAUGCCUCCUGAAGUGUUGGAUGAGAGCUUGAAUCGAAAUCACUUUCAGUCUUAUAUCAUGGCCGACAUGUACAGUUUUGGACUCAUCCUCUGGGAGAUUGCUAGGAGAUGUGUAUCAGGAGGUAUAGUAGAAGAAUACCAGCUUCCUUAUCAUGAUCUGGUGCCCAGUGACCCCUCCUACGAGGACAUGAGAGAGAUUGUGUGUAUCAAGAAGCUACGUCCCUCGUUCCCCAAUCGGUGGAGUAGUGAUGAGUGUCUACGGCAGAUGGGGAAACUCAUGACAGAGUGCUGGGCUCACAACCCUGCGUCACGGCUGACAGCCCUGCGCGUGAAGAAAACACUGGCCAAAAUGUCAGAGUCCCAGGACAUUAAACUCUGAUUUGAAGGGAAAAUAAGCAUCUCUUGAGAAAGCCAAUAGAUAUUUUUCUGUUUGUGGGCAAAGCAAAAGAUGGCAAAAGAUGUUAAAGAAGCAUCCACGGUACAAGCCUUGAACACCAUCCUGCUUCCCAGUGGGUUCAGACCCCACCCCUCAGGGAGAAAGAACCCUGGACAAAGACAGAGAUGUUCUCAGAAACAGAUUCAUCCGUGUCUGGUUGUAGGAGGAAGAAACCACUUGGGUAGCUUGUUCAAGAUACGAUGCAUGUUGCUUUCUAAGAAAGCCCUGUAUUUUGGGAUUGCCUUUUUUUUUUUUUUAAGAUGCUUUAAUUUUGCCAAAAUGAAACAAAU